UGUGAUAAGACCAUUUUGACAUUGGCCAAAGCAAAAAUGAGCAGCGAACAGAGAUAAAAAGUCAUUCACUCGCCAGCUCUCUUUAACCAUCGCUGCUUUUUUAGCGCAGAAAUGUUGAAGAUGUUGGUCCCAGCGAGAUUUGUAUUCCAUACCCUAUGCAUCACGCAGUCACUAGCUCAAAUACCACAAUCACUGCAAUCUCCGCCGAGGAUGGUGAAGCAGCCGCCGACGGACGAGAUCCUCUUCCACGAGGCCGUUCGCCAGAGUGAUCAGGACAAGCCGAUUACAAUCGAGUGCGAGGCCGAGGGAGUGCCGGCUCUCAAAUACCGGUGGAUAAAGAACGGAAAGCCAUUUGAUUGGCGAAACUACGAUGACAGAAUUUCGCAAGAGCCUGGUCGAGGCACGUUGAACAUCACGGUCCCUAGACACGAGGACGUAGGCCAGUACCAAUGCUUUGCGACGAACGAGUACGGAACCGCGACUUCAAACUCCGUGUUCGUGCACAAAAGCGUAGAGCUUGAAAAUUUCAAGACUGAAGCAGACAACGAACCUCAAAAUUACGACACAAACGAAGGCGAACCCUACGGUCUCAGGUGCGACACUCCUGACGGCUGGCCGAAAUCCAGCGUGUACUGGCUGAUUCAGACUCCGGAAGGCGACAAGAGCAUCAACAGCUCGCGCAUCACACUCGAUCCGGAAGGAAGCCUCUGGUUCUCGAGUGUCUCCGAGGAGGAUGCGAGCGUCAACUCGAGCUAUGCGUGUUCUACGAAUGAGCGCAAGAUUAUUGGAAAGAGGGUGAAGCUGAAUGUGUUGGCCAACUCCGCGUCGCAGAAUCGCCACGAACCCAUCCGGCAGUAUGUGACGAGGAAGAAUGAAUGGGCUUAUUUGGGCAAGAAGGCUGAACUCUAUUGUAUUUUCGGUGGAACGCCUGUUCCUGAAAUCCAAUGGAAGAAGAAUGGAAUUCCUAUCCCACGUGGUGGCACCAAUCACGUGACCAUGAGAAACUACGGCAAGAGUUUGUUCAUAGAUCGUGUGAUUGCUGAUGACGAAGGUCACUACAGCUGUGAAGCGUCCAAUGGCGUUGGCUCCGCGAAGAGUUAUUCCAUUGGGCUAACAGUUUUCGCCGCCCCGUACUUCACUGUCGAGCCUGAAAUAGUGAAUGCUGCCGAGGACGAACGGGUCGAAUUCAGUUGCGUCGCCAAAGGUGUGCCAGAGCCUCAGAUCAAAUGGAUGUACAACGGAAUGCCCAUAGAACAAGCCCCACUAAACGCCCGUCGUAGAAUCCAGACAAACAAAAUCAUCAUUGACCGCCUGAAUAAGAAUGACACUGGCAAUUAUGGCUGCAACGCUACAAACAGAUUUGGAUAUGUCUACAAAGACGUCUACGUCAAUGUCCUAGCUCUUGCGCCUGAAUUCACUGAUAUAUUUUAUUUGACGGUCUCUGUCGUCGACGAGGCUGCGACCCUCAAAUGCCUUGUGUUUGGUGCUCCCAAACCUCUUGUCAAAUGGAUCAGGUUGGGUAAAGAACUGACUAAUGAUAGAAGGUACAGGAUCGAAUCAAACGGUGACCUGAUUAUCAAAAAAGCCAACUUUUCGGAUUCUGGUGAAUACACUUGCCACGCUACCAACAGGUUUGGAAGUAACGAAGGUCAUGUCAAACUGAAAGUUUUGGAGGAAGGAAGAUUGUGGCAAGAAGCCGCAGAGAUGAAUUUUCUCCAUCUCUAUUUCCAGAAAUUAACGUUGAAGAUGUGGGUGCCAGCGAGCUUUGUAUUUUUUACCCUGUGCAUCACGCAGUCGCUAGCUCAACCGACCGUUGAAGACGUGCCAAAUCCGCCAUAUCUGAAAGGCAUCAGGUGCAAAGAGUUUGAGGCUACAAUUGAAUGGGAGUCGAAAGGUGACAACAAAACCCCCAACUUACGGUACACUAUUCAAUACAACACGAGCUUCACCCCGGACUCAUGGGACAUUGCUGCCGAGAAUGUUUCCGCAUCGGAAUCAUCUUAUAGGGUCCCAUUGAGUCCGUGGUCAAACUACACCUUCCGUGUAAUUGCCUGGAACAAAAUCGGACAAUCUCUACCCUCUGCGGUCUCCGGAGUCUGCUCCACAGAGCCUGAUGUACCUGCGAAAAAUCCCGAAAUCGUUGAAGCACAGGGAGACAAGCCUGACAAUAUGGUGAUCUCGUGGAAGCCAAUGCCGGAAAUAGAGCAUAACGCACCGAGAUUCCAAUACCUCGUCAUGUGGAAGCGUGCAAUUGAAGGCGCAGAUUGGCACGGCAAAUUAAUAUCAGAUUGGAAGGUUGACAGAAUCACGGUUCCCGACCUGCCUGCCUACCAGCCAUACAAGAUCAUGGUCUUGGCCAUCAACGAAAAUGGCAAAGCUAACGUGGCUACGCAGGAAAUCACGGGCUAUUCAGGAAACCCAAAUUCACUUCCAACUCCAAGGGAUUUAACCAUUACUGUGAUUGACAGCAAAACUGGUUUGAUUCGUUGGGAAACGGCAACCGAUGAAAGCGUGAUCAGCCAAUUCAAAGGCUACAAGAUCCAAACAUGGACUGACGAGGAGGGCAUGGAGAACAUGCGAGAAAUGUUCUCCUCCAAUGACAGCAGCCGCGCACUGAUCAACAAAUUCGUUCCAUUCUCGAAAAAUUAUGCCAGAAUCGUUGCUUACACUGAUUUCUUCGAUGGACCACCCAGCGAGACCAUUUCCUUCAACACACCGGAAGGAAUUCCUGAAGCUGUGCCGUCUCUUCAGGCCCAUCCACUUGGCUCGACGGCCUUCCUCCUCAAGUGGCAAAAACCAUUGCAAACCAAUGGAGUCUUGACCGGCUAUAAAAUUUACUACGAGGAUAUCAACAGCACCAAAAUCGAACCUUUAUUUCAACGAAGGGAAAUCGAAGAUCCCAAUCAACUUCAUGCCAAAUUGGCCGGUUUGAAACCAAACACCAAGUUCAGAAUCACAAUCAGAGCCGCAACACAAGCUGGUGAAGGAAAUGAAUUCUUUAUUGAAACGAGGACGUUGCCGCCCAUGGCCAAGAAACCGGACGUGCCUGAAUUUACAUGGAAGAAUGAAGCGCCCGUCAAUGGAUUGGCCAAUGUUAGAGUGCAAUGGCUUCCGAAUGUCCAGGGUUACUCAGGAUCGUACUUCCAAGUGAUGUACAAGCUCCGCGGCGAAUCCGUCUUUGAAAUCUCGAAACCAGAGUUGGAAGAAGAUUACAUAAUUUUGAGGGGGCUCAACCGUGGUGCAACAUACAAAAUGAAAAUGUUGGCUGUCGAUGGUGACUACCACACCGAGAGCAACAUUCAGGAUGUUGAGACUUAAAGCGCGAUGGUCCAAUUAUUACAACACAUUAAAGUGGGCGGAGCAAGAGAUCUGCCAAAUUUCCGCGAUCGUGCACGUUUGCAUGUGCAGUUUUACAAUCAAAUUUUCUUUUAAAAUUUGCCACAUAUCUGCUGGCUUUUCCGUUUAAUAUGUCUUUGUCUGCUGUACACUUUAGAUGACUAAUAAAGAUUUAAUUAAUUGACCAGU